GCUGGAGCGCUUCGUUGCGCUCCUGCAGCGGGCAGUGCGCGUCUCGGGGGGGCAUCGAGAAGUUCCAUCAGCUGUGCUCCAUCUUUGUCAGUGUUGCUCGGGCGUACGUGUGAGCUAAGGCGCGCCAGCAGUCUACGGACGAUAUAUCGCGCUGCACAGGCUCCAACACUGCCUUGUGCAUUCCGGAGCCGGUGA